AUUAAACCAUGUUAGCUUUAUUGAGAUUAAAGAUGGCUCCAAAAGUAUUUUUGGUAUACUGGUAAUUUAUUGCACAAAACUAAAAGUCGAAAGUCUUACGAAGGCCGAAAGUCUUACUGAAAAACGAAAGUCUUAUCAAAAGUCCUACUGA